GGUCUUUUGCCCCCACUUGAUGCUCCACAUCAUUUACGCAAGCACGAAUGGGCUCCAUAUCGUGAAGGUGUCACCCUUAAGGAACAAGCUCCAAACUUUGCAAGCACACUAGUUGACGUGGGCCUUAGUAAAAAUGUUUUGAUUGAUACAGUAAUUGAACCUGGAGUAAGAGUGACUGUAGCAAUGGGAACCAAUCGCAAUUUGGACGCUGAUUUACCGCGCCAGGUUGUCUCAUCUUCCCAGCCUAGGGAAGAACUGGGAAUGUACUGGGGUUAUAAAGUGCGACAUGCUUCUAGUAUCAGUUCUGUUUUCAAUGAUAGCCCAUAUAAGGGUGGCUAUGAUCAUCUAAUUGGUACCUCAGAGCAUGGUCUGUUUUCAAAGUCUUCAGAACUUACAGUACCUUCUUUUAGGUAUGGUUUUUUUUUUUUUUUUUAUUACUGUUAGUGUCAGCUGUAGGUUCCUCAAUGCCCUCAAGAGAUCAGAGUAGAUCAUUGUUCUCUGUGCACUGAGAUUGGUUGGUCAUUGGAAAUGGGGGUGAGCAUAGUCCGGAUUGGGGUAAAAUCAGGACCAAUUCAUUAUCUACGGUUCCCGAAAAAUUGGAACCAAUCUAAUCCGUUUAAAUCAUGGAACCAAUCCGAACUAAUCCAUUUAAACACAGAUUAGAUCGAUUUAGGACUACGGAUUCACAUAAUUAAAUAACAAAAAAAAAAAAAAACAUUUUAAUUUCAUAAAACAUAAACAUAGCAUCAUAUUAAUUUCA